UAAUCUCCCCUAUGCGCUACUCCCUUCGAAGAAUAAAGCUCUCGGUGCGUAAACUAUAGAGGGGUCGUUUCUCAAUUGUUUCUAUCAAUCUGUCCGUUUAAAACUUACUUGACAAAAGGAGCAUUAAAAUAACGUCAUUUUCUCUUUAUUUGGAGCGACGUUUUGUUUGGUGUCCCCUUCCAGAAGGGCCCUUCGGAGGGCGAUAUCAUUUCAGUCUGCUGCUGCUACUGCUCCAGUCAUCGACGUUAUGUGUAGAAGAAAGCGAGUGAAGGAUUUCUAGUUUAGUCGCUCACAACAAGCGUCCAUUCGGCAGCUAAAUCAUACCAAAAGACAGAUCUGAUCCCCGCGAUUGAUUUUCUAUAUUUUUUCCCUUUUCCCCCGUGGUGGAAAGAAACACACGAAACUUAAGAUGAACCGAAUAACGGGAAAGACGAAAGAAGCCACUCUGAUAGAAAUGUCUAACACGCAGGACUCCCGAAUCGGAGAUGACUGUGCCGUUCUGACGGGAUACCGGAGGAUCCUUCAGGCAGAUAACGGAAGCAUUGACUCGGUUUCCGGUCGACGAAUACAGCUUCCUGGUCACAGGGAGAUUGACAAGUUUGAACAGAACCGGGACUCUGUGUACUUUAGGGAUGGUAUACGUCGCAUUGAUUUUGUCCUGUCUUACGUUGAUGACAAAGAUGGAGACAAGAAAGCGGAGAGAAGAAGAGAAUUUGAAGCCAACCUGGAGAGGGUUGGUCUGGAGUUGGAGACUGAAGAUAAAUCAAGAUCUGAUGACCGUAAGACGCAUUACCUGAAGAUUCACGCUCCCUGGGAGGUGCUGGCCACCUAUGCUGAUGUGCUUAAGAUCAAAGUGCCCUUUAAAGAAAGCGACAUUUUUCCCAAAGUGCAAGAAGGUCCGCAGGAGUGGUUUGCACGUCCUUUCCGGCUGCCGGAUAACAUCAUGACACCGGAGCCGGACUACUUUACCGCAACUUUUGAAAAGAGUAAGUUGGACUUCUUCCUCAUCGAGGAUAAGGAGACGUUUUUCCCUCCUUCUACCCGCAACAGGAUUGUGUACUACAUCCUCACACGCUGUCCUUACUACAAGGAAGACCGUAAAGAAAAGGACAAGACGGGAAUCAAGCGACUGCUGAACAAUGGCACCUAUACCUCAGCCUACCCCCUUCAUGAUUGCCGGUAUUGGAAGAAAUCGCAAGACAUGCAGUGUGAGAGCGAGCGGUUUCACCUGUAUAAGAAUUGGGCUCGAUUCCUCUGCUUUUACAAGGAGCAGCCGCUUAACCUAAUAAAGAAGUACUAUGGUGAGAAGAUUGGUAUCUACUUUGCCUGGUUGGGCUUUUACACAGAGAUGCUGUUUUUUGCUGCAGUCAUGGGGUUGAUCUGCUUUGUUUAUGGCGUGCUCAGUUACGAGGACAACAUCACAAGUAAGGAGAUCUGUGACUCUGAAAUCGGUGGAAAUAUUGUCAUGUGUCCACUCUGUGAUAAAAAGUGCAGCUACUGGAAACUCAAUUCAACUUGUCUAUCAUCAUGGCAAUCCCAUCUGUUUGAUAACGAGGGGACAGUGUUCUUUGCCAUGUUCAUGGGUAUUUGGGUGACCCUGUUCCUGGAGUUCUGGAAGCGGCGACAGGCCCGUCUGGAGUAUGAGUGGGACCUUGUGGACUUUGAGGAAGAACAGCAGCAGCUCCAGAUCAGGCCAGAGUUUGAGUUGAAGUGCACACACAGCAGACUCAACCGCAUCACACAGGAAAUGGAGCCUUAUCUUCCUCUAUCCAGCAAAUGUGCUCGUUUCUGCCUUUCUGGAGCAACUGUUCUCUUCUGGACGUUCCUGAUAGUGGCCUGUGUAAUGGGAGUGAUCGCUUACAGAUUAGCAGUUUAUGCAGCGUUUGCCAGCGUCAUGAAGGACAGCCCCACCAGCAAGAUCCAGUUGGUCGGCUCCCUCAUCAACCCUCAGCUUGCCACAUCCGUCACCGCAUCUUGCAUCAACUUCGUCACUAUCCUCGUCCUCAAUUUCCUUUAUGAACAUGUGGCCAUUUGGAUAACUGAUAUGGAAAUUCCCAAGACGCAUCUGGAGUAUGAGAACAAGCUUACAAUGAAGAUGUUUAUGUUCCAGUUCGUGAACUACUACUCUUCAUGUUUCUAUGUAGCGUUUUUUAAAGGAAAGUUUGUGGGUCAUCCAGGCAACUACUCUUAUAUGUUUGGAAAGUGGAGCGGACUGAGAAAUGAAGAGUGUGACCCUGGGGGUUGUCUGAUUGAGCUCAGCACACAGCUGGUCAUCAUCAUGGCUGGAAAACAAAUGGUGGGGAAUGUCCAGGAAGCUCUGCUGCCACUUCUCAAGAACUGGUGGGGCAGCAGGAAAGGCCGGAGUCAUCCAGAAUGUACAUACAGCAGAUGGGAGCAGGACCACGAUCUGCAAAACUUCAGCCAGUUUGGGCUCUUCUACGAGUAUCUGGAGAUGGUGAUCCAGUUUGGCUUCGUAACACUUUUUGUGGCGUCUUUUCCACUGGCGCCUCUUCUUGCUCUCUUUAACAACAUCCUGGAGGUGCGAGUCGAUGCUUGGAAGUUUACCACACAGUUUCGAAGGCCGGUGGCAGCAAAAGCACGCAACAUCGGAGCCUGGCAAGAGAUUCUUAAUGUAGUGGCCAUCUUGUCUGUGGUCACAAAUGCCUUCAUCGUUGCAUUCACCUCAGAUAUGAUUCCUCGCCUGGUCUAUCUGUACGCUUACCACCCAGGCAGCAAGGCCACUAUGUUAGGUUACAUCGAAAACAGUCUCUCCUUUUACAACAUCUCUCAGAUCCCUCUUGAUAAUCAACCAGAGCCGGAGGAAAACCCAUCCUGGUUUAACAGCUCUACCUUCACUACAUGCAGUUAUCGGGACUACAGACACCCACCCGGACAUGAAAAGCAGUACACACACACUAUGCAGUUUUGGCACAUCUUGGCUGCAAAGCUAGCUUUCAUCAUCAUUAUGGAACAUGUUGUUUUUGUGGUAAAAUUCUUUGUGGCAUGGCUGAUUCCAGAUAUCCCGUCAGAAGUAAAGGCCCGUAUAAAACGUGAACGCUAUCUGGUUCAGGAAUACCUGCACAACUAUGAAGUGGAGAAACUGAAGCUUCAGCUGAGUCAGAGUUUCUGCUUGUCCACAGAAACGGCCUCACUGCUGCCCACUAGUCCAAAUAAACACAAGGUGCUCUCUCAAGUUAUUUAAUAACUGGGUUCUCAGGGACUGCUCUAUACACUCUACUCUGCAAUGCAUGGAGGAUUUCUUUUCAAAUGCUUCAUACAAUGGUUGAUAAAGAAAACCUGCCUGUCCUCAACUGCCAGAACUACGCACCAAAAAAAUGAAAGGACUCUGCAUACUUUUUCUGAUUGAGGAGGAUACACUAAAUAUCUGCACUUUCAAGCGAAGCUGUUGCCUGUUGCUAAGGAUCAGAGUGGAAAAAUACUUGAAUAUAGACCUCAAUUAUGCCAGAACCCUCUUAAAUGCAGCCUCCAUGCAGUUGCUCUUCAGGUUCCCUAGGAACCGUUGCUAUGAUGGCAGUAUGUGAAUAUCUGAUAUUUUAUUUUAAAAAAACUUUUCAAACAUUUAUAUAUAGGCAAUAAAGCUUUAUGUCGGUUUCGCUUGCUGUCAUGAUAUUGUUUUGUUUUCAAAGAUGUAAUCCGCAUGUUUUACCUUGUUUGUCUGACUGUGAAAGGAGUAUAUGUAUUCUUAAUUUUGCUUAUUGUGUGUGUCUGUGAGACUUUGUGUGGAAGAGAUUUGGUGAUAAAUCUUUGUAUUUCUUUAAAUGCUGUUGAGAAAAGCAAGCAACAAUGUCUUGGCCUCCUUAAAGUUCAGUAUAAUGCCACAAUGUAACAUUUAGGUAGUUCAUUGGAUUUUGCCACUGGGCUUAUUUUGACUAUCAGAGAACUUUGGUCGUUAUUGUUGUUUCUGUAUACAGUGCUUGCAUUAUUAGUUAUCUGUAAAGGUAGAUUAUAGUAGUAUUAAACUUAUAUUAUUAUAUCUUAUUUAAUAUAGGCUUUCUUUGAAAGCAAGGACAUGCAUAACCAAUAAUGUACCUUGUAGGAGAUUUGUUAACUGAUGUAUUUAAAACUACAGACUGAUCAUUUAGCUGACUUGUUAUUUGGUCAGAAUUACGCAACAUUUAACAGGUUAAGCUAUGUAAUGCCCUGCUAUAAUGUUUUCUGAUAAAAUUCCAAAAACUGAGGCGGUUUGGUUUAUGAUCGCUUCAGUUAGCUUGUCAGUCUUCAUGCGUCUGCUAAAGUUUGCACAUGUUGUAUAUAUCUAUAUAAUCAAACAGGAUCUGAUGUGAAAUUAACCUUAGCUUUAAUCAUUACUAGGAGACAUCUAGCUUUUGUAAAGGAACACUUAGUUCCGAGGAAUAGUUCAGAUUUUUGUAAUCAUGUCCAUGCAUCAGUAAGUUUCAUCAAUCCUCCCCUUUGAUAUUCACUCUGAUAACUGCAUUGGAUAUAGCAGUGUUGCUCAGAAGAAAACCCUGAAAUUUCUCGUGUCAGUGUAAAAGUCCUGCCUAUUUUAAUAUUACAGUUCAUAUCUGUUGUAUAUAAUUGUAAAAAAUUAUCAACAGGAUUAAGAACCACACCCUCCCAAAUAAAUUGCUUUAAUGUGAUUGAUUUGGUUGGUAUGGGGCAUAGAGCUCUUAAUACAUUAGUACUGCAGCUUGCGACAUUGACAACUUGAUGCAAAGACAUUUGUUUCCAAAAUUGUGAACUCAUCCUUGAACAUGUCAGACUUAUGGGUUUUGACACAAGGAUGUUAUUAUUGUCCAGAUAGUGGUAUGAACAUCAUUUGUCUACACUAAUUUGACAACUAUUCAUUUUUUUGCCUCUCAAGUGUACUGUGAUGUAAGCUUUUGACAAUAUUUUGUGGAUGUGAAUGUUUCUAUAUACAGUUUUUUCUUUAUUUUGUGCUUAUUUUUUAAGCAUAUCGUCUAUUAAAAGCAAAACACAUAGCAUCUGUACCCUUAGUGGAAUGUGUACAUUAAGACUGUAUAGCCUUUCAUAAAUGUGACGUUUUUCGUUUUUGUUUUAGAUGUGUAUAUGUACACAGGGGACCAUGACACCCAUGCCUUUGCCUUAUACAUAAUGCCCAUAUAUGUACUUAUUUUAUAUUUUUGGGGUCUGACCAGAUGUUGCGUAAGUUGUUCUGAAAAAGAAUGUUCAUGAAUAAUUAUAUGAAGAAAGACUUUUUGUUUGCAUUCCAAAGAGGAGUACGUGCCAAAUAAAGUACAUUACAGUGA